AGACGUCCGCUCUCAUCAUGGCGACCAGUUUAACCAGAGUGGUUGAAUUGAGAGUCUCUAACCACAAGGCAUACGUAUGGGACGUUGACGACAUUGCUAUUCUCCGAGCUGAACACCACAUUUGUGGCGUUCUUACAGGAACGUUACCUCAUGUCUCACAACAGAACGUUUUUCUUGGACCCCCUUUAAUUCUGCUUCCGGAAGAAGUCGUACUUCUAGUACAAAAAGAAUUUGCCGUGCUCGUAGAUGAUCCAAUAGCCCAUCAUACUCCCUCUACAUCUAAGCUACGGAGAUGGAAUUCUGACCGUCUAGUCUCUAUUCGCGCCCAAAUGGGCGCUGUAGAAUCCAAGGAGCCAAACAAGAAAGCAGAGUCUUUAUCUGAAGAAGCCCUCCGGAAACGAAGGGAACGAGAAGAAACGAAGGCUGCUGCUGCGCGGGCUAAAGCAUUGGCUGAAGGCAACACCGAAGAGUCGACGCUUCAAGACAACCUGUUUUCUCCUUCCCCUUCGUCUUCUGCGACACCCGUUCCCCCGGCAGUAGACGAACGACCCGCGACCCCAGCAACAUCUGCAAACCUCCUAGGCUCCCUCUACACUGUGACCAUUCCUGCGAGUUCUCCAGCAAGUCUACCGUGGUAUUCCUCCGAUGGUCUGACAUAUUCGACUUUGGAGAGUGCGAAGGAAGCAGGAAUCUGGACAUAUCCUAGUGACUUGCACGAGCGGGCAAAAUGUGGGGUCUUCCGAGACCUUUGGGAGAAUGGGUUUUAUAUGGGUGGUGGAAUUAGAUUUGGUGGUGACUUCCUCAUAUAUCCUGGCGACCCACUUAGAUAUCACUCACAUUUCGUUGGGACGGUCAUCGAUUCCCCGACCGCGGCUUUAAUGCCGAUGGAGAUUGUUGCUCAUGGCCGUCUUGGAACGGCGACCAAGAAGGCGCAUUUGUUGUGUGGGUGGGAUGACGAGAAACAGGAAGUAUCAUAUUAUUCCAUUGAGUGGGCCGGGUUUGGUUAGAUAACUCCUGAUAAAAUGUGGAACGUAUGUGGAGCAACAGGUAUACAGUGUACAAGGUGCCAUGAAAUGAAAUAUGCCGGUGAAUGCGGGAAAUCGAUUGGAGAAAAGUCUACCAUACGCUGAGAUGAGAAGAUGAAAGGGUCAAAAAUUUACAUCAAUCCAACUUCCGUCUAUUUGAUUCCCCUCGGCCACGCAACCUCACCCUCGAAGUCGCCUUCGCCUGACUCGCAGGUCUCUCCGCAGGUUCUGGCCGAGUCUUCAGCCUGUUCAUUUCUAAACUCUCUGUCCCUGCACCUUCUUCGACACUCUCUACACUAUCACUUAACGUCCUUCGAUGCCUUGAAUUCAUACUUCCACUUCCUCCGUUUCCUCCGCUGGCGGCGAGGUUAGCAGCAGUCCUGCUCCCGAUACUAACGACUCUGAUGAUGGUGUCAUUGAGGAAGGUGACGGGUGCAAAGAUGCGUAUGCGUAUGGGGAUGUAUGGAGAGGGGUGCUGAAGUGUUUCUCCACCUGAUGGGUUGUAGGGAUCGAUUGGCUGUGGUUUUGCAUGCAUUGCCAUAAUUAUGUACUAGGGGGAGUCAUAUAAGUUCUGAGCAGAAGGUGUUAGUUAGAAUGAG